GGUGGCCGAGCUCCGCACUCCACGACCGAACUACCUCUCCUGAGAUUGAUUGAUCCGUAAAACAAGGGACGCGCACCAAACCGGAGAUCCAUCAGCAUGGAAGUCUCGAGGAAGGCGAAGCGUGCCGGCGGCGGCUUCGACGACCGGCUGAGCGACCUGCCGGACUGCCUCCUCCAUGACAUCCUGUCGCGCCUCAAGGCCCGGCAGGUCGUUCAGACGUGCGUGCUGUCGCGGCGGUGGCAGCACCUCUGGCCCACGUCCCCGUGCCUCGACGUCGAUAUCCGCGAGUUCCGCCCCGAUGCGACUCUAGGUCCCCGCCGGUGGCCGCUGAGCCCCGCCCAGCUCGCUGACUACGGGAAGGAGCCGGCCGAGCUCGCCGACUUCGAGGAUUUCGUCGACAGCCUUCUGGUCCAUCGGAUUCGGAGCGCCGGAGCUGCGCCCCUGCAAACCCUGCGGCUGCGCAUCCCGCCGUGGUGGUUGGGGUUGAGCGUCGUGCCGAUCUAUGGCAGCGAGAUCCACGCGGCCAAGUACACGAGGUGGGUGCGUCGCGGCCUCCAGUGCUCCCCGGCGGCGCUCGACGUGCGCGGCUCCGUCAAGCUGCCCCCUCUAGCCUCCUCCGGUACCCACCGCCUCACGAGGCUGCGCCUCGACCAGGUGACCCUCCACCGUGAUUUCGCGGAGCACCUCGCCUCCGGGCUCCCCGUGCUGGAGGACCUGCAGAUCACUGGCACCAUGUUAUCAGUAGCGCUCCCGAGGAUCGCGUCCGGCACGCUAAAAAACCUCGUGGUCGAAUCCUCCACCCACAACAGCGAGAGCCUGAGCUUCACCAUCGCCGCCCCUCGACUCGCGUCGCUGCACCUCGCCCUUAACUUCCGGUGCCUCAUCUCCUUCGCCGUCGUCCUGGAGGAGGCGCCUUGCCUCGUCCAAGCAUCCGUCCGCCUGGUAGGGACCCCUGAUCUCCGGCACAAACAGGGGGGCGGCUACUACCUUCAGCAGGACAGGGAUCUGCUCAGGGCUCUGUGCAACUUCAUCGGCUCUCUGUCCCACGUCUGCACCCUGAAGCUGCACGGCUUUGGCAACAUGCUGCUCGAUCUAUACUGCCCUCGCUCUUGCUCAAUCAGUAUAAUUAAUUCCUUUUUUACUUUUACUGCAUAUAUAAAUUUCUGAUUUAUUAACUGUACCUAUAUGCAAUGCAAGGCGAUGCAGACAGUAGUUGAGCAACCUAUACCCCAUGCUCCACCUCCUGGAGCUCAAUUCUUUCAAUAUCAGCCGGAGAUGCUGCACCCGUAUAUACCUCUUGUUCCACCACCUGGACCAUUCUUCUUUCCAGAUCAGCCGCCGAUGCCGUCACUGCCACUGGCCGAGGACAAGUUCCCGCGUCCAAUGUUGCAGGCGAUGCUCGACGAGGAGCACCACGGGUUACCGGUGUUUCGCAGCAUGAGGACCUUGGUCCUUGAGGAUUCCGAGAUGGGCGGCGAUGCUCAGAUGCUCUGGCGUUUUCUGCGUAAUGCUCCUGUCCUAGAGAAGCUCACUCUAAAGAACUGUCAGUGCCAUGAGUUCCCAAACACUCCAAUGAUGGAGCUACCUCGGACCGUAUCCCUCACCCCCAACCUCAAGUCGGUGGUAAUCAUCGAGGGCGGCAGCUAUGGGAGCAUAGACGCGGAGCAAACGAACGAGAUCUUGACGUCCAUGAUGUUAGGUAGACUGCCGGCAACUACCAUGAUCCAAGUUACCAAAUUCGGAGCAAGGAAUUAGGUUUGGUUUGUACCCUUUUCAUUUCAGUUGCCUGUGAGAUAUUUACACAAAAAAACUUGCUUGUGAGAUGCUUUAUCCAUGGAUUAAGCUGUACAAAAUUUUAUGACACUAGUGGGCUAGUGGCAGACGCUAUUUGUGUUCAUCUGAACUUGCUGUUGAAUUAAUUUCUGCACACCCAAAAAAAAACUUGCUGUUGAAC